CUUCUCCGCGUUGAAGCCGAUUUUCGAAGCGUAGCGCAUCCGGUCCUCCGGAUAAAGAUUGUCGAAGCUGCACGAUCUUAGAGUUGAAGUGUCGUCGUCGACGACGUCGUGGCAGCAUGCUUCGCAGCCGGAGUCUCGUGGCCAUGCUCGUGCUAUCGUCGCUCCUUUUUGGGACCGACGCCAGUCGGCGCUACGCUGUCCAAAACGGCCGCAUUCGCGAGCUGCCGAUUUUUGCCGAUGAAACCGAGUGGAUCGCCCAUGUCGCCACCAACCUCAACGUGCCUGCGUCAGCACUCUCGACCGUCACCGAGAUGAAGCACGAGCACGUGUCCAUCGAUGCGAUCUGGGUGCACCAGCUCUUCAAGGAGCGCUCCAUCGAGAACGCCCGCAUCGCGACGCAGCGGCCCGUGCACACAGGGUACCGCGCGAGCCUAGCGAUGCUGAGUGCGCACUCGAUCUUUGUCAUUGGGCGCGACGGCACUUUGUUUGAGCGCUACUUCAACGGCGUCGUAUGGGUGUACAUGCGUCACGUGAGCGCCACCGAGUCGGUGUACGUCAAGCGGUUGGCUUCGACCGGCGGCAUUGCCUACACGCUGAGCGCCACGCCGCAUUUGGCGCCGAUGGUGGCGGUCACCCGUAUCGCGCACAACAGGUUUCAGAGCAUUCUUGUGGCGGACGCGAGCGGACGGCUACUGCAGCGGGACGUGAGCGACAAUCGACAGCUGCGCUGGGUCGACAUCUCGCCGCCCGACGCCAAUGUCUUCUCGACCGGCGUUCUCUCACAUGAUGGACGCUUCUACGUUGCGACUGAGAACGGGAAGGUCUUUCGCUGGGACGUGGCAUCUUCGUCCUUGCCGCUGUGGCACCGCGAAGACUUGGACGUCAACGACCCGUCCGACGCGAUCGUGACCAUCGUCGGCGCCUCGACAACGUCGACGCUCUUUGUGCUCACGGCGCUCGGCCGCCUCCUCGAAUUCGCACUCGAGCGUGGCGAGCGCCAGUUUGUCGACCACAGUGCAGCGAUUAGCUUCCACAUGGAAGCGAGUUGGGGCUUUGUACACACAGCCACGAGCGUCUUUGGGCUCAGCCCGACCAUGGGGCUUGUCGAGUUCAACAAGACAACGUCCGGCUGGCGCGUCCACGGCCACCCGCCGGACGGGCACGUGCUCGGCGGCCUCGGCGGCAACGACCCGAGCAUGCUUCUCGUCGUAGCGACCGACAAGUCCCUCUGGCAGUGCAAUGCGCACGAGGUCGAUGCGAUCGCCAAGUGGAUACACCACGGAGGCCACGCGGUGCACCCGGUGCCGCCCAUUUCGCUGGGAAGCGACGACAUUUUGCUGCAGCUCGAUGACGGGCGUCUCGGGCGGCGCUGGCGGCCGACGCGACGCGACGCGUACGCGCGAAUGCCGGUCCUGCACGAUUGGCAGUGGGACGUGUACGACGUGCCCGAAGGCACUGCGUCACCAUGCGGCUACUGCUCGAACGAACCGGGCACCGAAGACAACUGCAUUCAAGGCACUCCCGUUCACGACGAGUAGCACUGGUCAUUAUACUACGAUCUUAUAUCUCAGAGUGGCAUAUCAUUCACACGGACGCUCUUGACAUUGGCCAGUUUAGUUAGUACAUGACUGAACUCGAUCUACUUUGAGCGCC